AUGACCACAAUACAACAGCAACGUGAGCAAGAGGCUCUAGAGGACGAUAUCAAGAUAUCAUCAGACCCGGACGCCGCUCCUAUAGAACCUCUCGGAUCCGAGGAANAAGGCACUCAAAACAUCGUUUCAGCGAUCGAACAGUCUUCCGAUGAUGGCCUGUACUCUGUGUUUACGCCAACGCAGAAGAAGCUGAUUGUUCUCACGGCAUCACUUGCUGGCUUCUUUUCUCCCCUAAGUGGAUCUAUCUACUACCCGGCACUGAACACGAUAGCGGACGACUUGGGCAUCACGGCAACAAAGGUCAACCUUACGGUCACGACAUAUAUGAUUGUACAAGGAUUGGCUCCCAUGUUGACUGCAGGCUUCAGUGAUGGAGCUGGUAGAAGACCAGCCUACAUUGCUUGUUUCGUCAUCUAUCUGGCUGCAAAUCUUGGUCUGGCUCUACAAAACAACUAUGCAGCACUGCUGGUCCUCCGUUGUUUGCAGAGUGGUGGUAGCAGUGGCACCAUUGCUUUAGCGAACGGAGUCGUAGGUGACACCAUCACAUCUGCCGAGCGUGGCAGCUACGUUGCUUUUGCUUCUGUAAGCUCAAUCCUAGGACCAACUCUAUCUCCCAUCCUAGGAGGCUUGCUCAGCCAGUACUGGAAAUGGCAUGGUAUAUUCUGGUUUCUGCUAGCUUUUGGAGGAGUGUUUNUUAUUCCUUUGUUCCUGUUCUUUCCAGAAACCUGCAGGAAUGUUGUUGGCGAUGGCUCUAUACCAGCACCAAAGCUCAACUGGAACAUUACAGACAAGAUCAGACAUGAAAACCGAGAAAAGGCUGGUCUACACGUCGACGAAAAGAAACAAGACGAGCUCCGCAAGAAAUACCGUCUCCGGUUUCCAAACCCACUAUCAACACUGGUUGUCCUUACAGACUUGGAGUCAGCUCUAAUCUUGAUCGCUUCUGGAUUGACCUUGUCUUGCUUCUACGCCGUCAGCACAGGCGCUUCCACAGCAUUUCGCAGCGUAUAUGGUUUUGACGACAUGCAAGUUGCUCUAAUGUUCAUCCCCUUCGGAGUCGGAGGCAUCGUAUCAGCCUUUACAACCGGCAAAGCAGUAGACUGGAACUAUCGCCGCCAUGCCAAUGUCAACGGCUUCCCAUUCAUCAAAAACAAACAACAAGACAUGACAGAAUUCCCUCUGGAGAAAGCUAGACUGGAGGUUGCACUGCCUCUGUUUUAUCUAGGUGCUUUGACGAUACUGGGCUAUGGCUGGGUUAUGGAUAAACAUGUGUCUCUGGCUGGACCGACUAUACUCUUGUUCUUUAUGGGCUAUGCGCUCACUGCAGCCUUUCAGGUCUACAAUAUCUUGAUUGUGGAUAUUUAUCCUGGAAAGCCGGCAACGUAA